GAAAGACGAGGAAGCCUGCCCCACUUAGUGGAACACGCCCCGGGGCGCAGCUGCUUCUGGAUUCCACUCUCUCGCUCUCUGGCGCUCACAGAGCGGGUUUAUUCCGUGGUGAACAGGGAAUCGAGGCACCGCAGUGUCCUGGGCCGGUGAGGGGCAUCGGCCCGUCGGUGCAGAACUUCCAGCAGGUGAUGCCCCGGGGUGUGCCGGGAGGAGCAGCUCCGGGGACAGGGCCGACGCCACCGCAGGGCUUGGCUGGGCUCCCGAGCUCUCCACCGCCCGGCGCCCACCACUCGGACCACGCAAGGCGGAGGCCCCGCCCCCAGAGCCCGUCCCAGCUUCUGAGUGGCUGCUCCGCGUGUCUGUUUGCUGGGGGGCGGGAUCACGGACGGCUGUCACCGCUGCAGAGCUCCGGACUGCGGCUGCCGGGAAGCGACUGGUCGCGGGGCUUUAGCCAGGAGGAGGGUGCGCGCGGGUGGAGGCGCGCAGCUCGCAUGGAGGCGCCGAGGAGCGCGCCGCGGGAGCGGGAGCACGCUCCGACCACAGCAGGAAGUGACCAGGUUCACUCCUGGAUACUAGUUAUGAGCCAGGUCGUUAGUACUGCCUGGAGAGUAGCGAGGGCCUCUGUGAUGACGACGUUGUCCCUCCUGUCAGCCAUCCUCUGCUACUUCAGAAGUCUGCAUUUAUAUCUGGGGCACCAGCUGAAAUGGUGGAUUGGAUAUCUACAGAGAAAAUUCAAAAGAAACCUCAGUGUGGAGGCAGAAGUAGAUUUACUCAGUUAUUGUGCAAGAGAGUGGAAAGGAGAAACACCGCGAGCGAAACUCAUGAGGAAGGCCUAUGAGGAGCUCUUCUGGAGGCACCAUAUUAAAUGUGUCCGGACAGUGAAGAGAGACAACUAUGACGCUCUCAGGUCUGUGUUGUUCCAGAUCUUCAGCCAAGGUCUGUCUUUUCCAUCAUGGAUGAAAGAAAAAGACAUCGUUAAGCUUCCUGAAAAACUGCUCUUUUCUCAAGGCUGUAACUGGCUCCAGCAGUACAGUUUCGGACCUGAGAAGUAUACAGGUCCCAAUGUGUUUGGAAAGUUACGGAAAUGUGUGGAGUUACUGAAAUCGCAGUGGGCGGAGUUCAGUGGGAUGAGAGAUUACCACAAGAGAGGCAGCAUGUGCAACAGGCUCUUCUCCGACGCCAUCUUGGAGUAUAAACUGUAUGAAGCGUUGAAGUUCAUCAUGCUUUACCAGGUCACGGAAGCGUACGAGCAAAUGAAGGCAAACAAGACCAUCCCCAGCCUUUUCAGACUCCUGUUUUCCAGGGAGUCGUCAGCAGAUCCUUUGAGCUUCAUGAUGAACCACCUGAAUUCCAUAGGUGAUGCAAGCGGAUUGGAGCAGAUUGACAUGUUCAUACUCGGGUACUCCCUUCAAGUAAAGAUAAAAGUGUUCCGGCUCUUCAAGUUUAACUCCAAAGACUUUGCAGUCUGCUACCCGGAGGAGCCUCUCAGGGAGUGGCCAGAGAUCUCCCUGCUGACCGAGAAUGACCGCCAGUACCACAUUCCUGUCUUCUAAGUCUGCCGCAGACUGAACAACAUCGGCUCUUCUCAGUGACAGUGGUCAUGCUUGCAAGGAAAGUGUCUCUGAAAAACCCAUGGUACUGUUUCAGCCAAGGAGGACGCCAUGACCUACAGGAACACCAGAUAGAGAGAGCCAGCAUGGGUCACCUUUCUUUUUCAGUGGUUCCCUCCAGAGCAGCACGCAUUUGUUUUGAUGGUUGACUUUGUGCAUAGAGAUCUGCUGGCUUGGUUCUUUAAGACAGAGAAACUUAAUAUGGAAAAAACAAAAAAACAAAAAAAACAAAACUGGAAGGUAAAUGGCUAACCGGAGCAGCAGGAAUUUUUUUUUUAUCUCUGACCUUCAUGUUCUUUAAUAAGAAUUUCUCUGUUUAUUUGGAACAAUCAUAAAUAAACAGGGCCAAGUUUUGUAAGCAUUAUCCUCCUGGGAGUCUUUGUUGUUUAUUAAUUAUUUAGAAGCACCUAAUUAAGGUUAAAAUAUUGUGUGUGUUUAUGUAUAUGUGUGUUUAUAUACACUCAAAUGUAUGUAUUCAUUUAUGCACCUACAUCACAAACAACCACCGGUUUGUAAUCUUGUACAAUUUCUUUAUCUCUCUCUUUCUCUCUCUCUCUCUCUCUCUCUCUCUCUCUCUCUCUCUCUCUCUCCCUCUCUCUCUCGGUGCUGUUGAAUCUGGCCAGCUUAAAUCAGUUUAUUUAAAUAAAAGGAGAUAAAUUCUAUGGAUUUGGACAA